GGAAGAUGAACAUAUGUUAUAUAUGUAUCCAUUCAAAAUUGAGGAGAGGUGUAAGUCAAUAAAAUUGACAAAAAUUACGAAUCUCGAAAAAGGCAAAGUUGUUAUUAAGCAUAAUGGUGGGAUAUUAUAUGUAAAUCAUAGCGUGGGAGGUGAAGGACCCAGUGAGAUUGGACGCAUAUACACCCAACGCCAUUCUCAUUCUCAUUCGCAUCUGCAGUUUGGCCUUUGGAGAUGGAAGAGAUGAUAGUUGUGGUUGGUGAGACGUACUGUGGCGCUGAGGGACGGCAACUGACCGUGCGCAAGACGUCCGUGUUCUAUCCGGGCGAUGGGUUCGCGGCUUACGAGCACUCGACCGGAGAGCUAGUCUUCCGGGUUGACACUUAUGGCCGUGGACCGGCUCUUGCCACCGAUCUCGUCCUCAUGGACCCAUCCGGUGCUUCCAUCCUCACACUCCGCAAGAAGUGGCCUAGCUUGCACCAGCGAUGGGAAGGGUACCUAGGAGAUAGGAUGGAAGGGCAAAAGCCUCUAUUUACCGUGAAGAGGUCCUCCAUCUUCGGUGGAGAACGUGCAGGUGUCGUUGUGGAGGUCCAUGACACAGACCACGCCAAAGGGACAGAGUACCGAAUAGAGGGCUCUUUUGCGCAUAGGUGCUGCAGGCUAUUGUACUUGGACAACAAGUCUGUUGAAGAUAGAGAUGAACAAGGGAGUAUUCGAGACGCAGCUGGAGACGGAGUUGUGGCAGCAGAGAUCAAGCGCAAAGUGGAUGAACAUGCUCAUGUUAUGCUCAGCAAAGAUGUGUUCUGCCUCCAUGUCCAGCCUCGCUUUGAUGCUGCGUUUGCAAUGGGUCUCAUUCUUGUUCUUGAUCAGAUCAGCGGCGAUGAUGAUGUUGACAAUGUUGAUGAUUUCUCUGCUUUACCUGAUGACAAUCAAGAUGCCCGUUCUCCAUCAUCAUAGUUUAAUAAUAGUAAUAAUAAUAAUAACAACAGUAAUAAACUGUUUGAACUGGUUCAUGUUCAGUCUCUCAAUCUAUAUAUAUAUAUGGAUACACUGUGCUCACUUUGGUCUUA